AUGGAUGAAGUUGGAAUCACAGAAUAUGUAAAAGGUGACAACCGCAAGUUUGAAAUCUGGUAUGGUGACAAGGAAGAAGUUUAUAUUAUACAGGCUCCUAACAUAGAUGUGAAGAUUUUAUGGUUAAAAGAACUAAGAAAUAUUUUGUUGAAGCAACAGGAGCUUAUGACAGUUAAAAAACAGGUGCAACGGAAUCGGUCAGCAGAACAGAAUCAACUUUCUCCUCAGCGGAAUGAUGAAAAACAACUGGCAGCUUGUGCAAGUUUUGAAGAAACUGAAUCUGGGCACAUUGGUCCUAUGGUGGAGCGCAGUGCGGCAAUCAUGUCAGUUCAGGCAGAAGCAAAUGCAGUUUGGACUGAGAAGUCACAGUCUACAGAAAAUCCUGAAGAUCCGGAGGAAUGGCCUAACAACUAUUUCUACUCUGCUUAUGAUGGCAAUGAAGAGGGAGACAGGCCCUUACCGAGACCCGUGUCGGAUAUGGCUCUCCUGUAUUGAUGAAGCUACUGAGUCAAAUGGCAAGUAGCUCUUUCCUGCCUG